AUGUCAACCAUAGUAUAUCAAGGUACUUUGCAGUCAUGUUUUGAGUCCCAAAUCAUUGAAACAACAACCUUAAAGCUCAAAGUGCCAACCCCAUCUACUAUAGAAUUUGGUAGAGGACCUUGUUUGAUAGAAAACAAUAAAGAAAAUCUUAAAGAAAAAUGUCAAAACAAGCCCUCCUCUACAACAACUACUAGCAAUCUUGAUUUGGGUGGUAGUUGGAGUUCUAUUCAAACUCUGUCCAACAUUUCUAAAGAAGAAGGCAGCAAUAUUUAUGUGCACCCUUUAUCCAAGCGAUCUUCAUAUUCGUCAAGACUUAGUGCAAAAAGCCUUGAAUUAUGCACUGAAAGUCUUGGAAGUGAAACUGGAAGUUGUGAUAUCAUGGACAGCAGCAUUUUCUCCUCUUCAUUUUCUUCUUCUUCUUAUUCAACAAUUGAAAAGUCACCAUCUUCAAUUGAGUCAUCGUCAUCAUCCACGUGGUCAAGAAACUGCAAUAAAAGUCGUACUAAGAAGAAGAAUUCUUGCACCAAAUUUCCACCUCCUUUGACAACAAUAAGGGGUUCGAAUUCUCUACAAUUUAGACCCCACCGUGAAGAUGGUAGGUUGAUAAUCAAAGCUGUUGAAUCCCCACUUACACAUAAUUAUCUUCAAGCUGAAAGAAGCAAUGGCCGACUUAGGCUCUGUUUUUUCAAAGAUGGAAAUUCCCAUUUUGACUCUGUCACGACCCUUGAAGAAAAUGAAGAAUUGGAAGCAACUGAAAAUGACAU